AUGAUCCCGAGGUGGUUGCUGCUCGUGGUCGGCCUGCUGCUGGCAUGGACCGCGCAGCCGACAUACGCCAAGGGGGAUAAACCAAAGGCGACAGCCACCGAGCUGAACUACGUUCCCCUCAAUCUGUUUUAUUUCGAAGGCACCAACACGGUUCUGUUCAAUGAUAUCGCUGGCACAGCUCAGAUAUCCUACGAUGGAGGGGAGAAAUGGGAGAUCAUCAAGGGCGACGAUGGCUCCAUGGAGGGCGCGGUCGAAGCUAUUAUCCAGCACCCGCAGGACAAUGCCCGCGCCUAUGUCGUGGGCAGGCACGGCAAGCACUGGGCCACAAAUGACCAGGGCAAGUCAUGGACGUCCUUCAAACUGGAAGGGGCGCCUAUGGUCGCUGGGAUGACUGGACCGUUCAGCUUCAACGGCUGGGACGCGCGGAAAGCGAUCUUCACUACCAUGGGGUUCAAUUUGUUCGGUGGAUGGCAUACGGAGGCCUUCUAUACAGUGGACGACUUCAAGACGGUCCAGCCAUUGCGCGAGAUGGUCUACGAGUGCAGCUGGGCUGCUGGGACCGCGGAAUUCGGCAAGGACCUUGAAACGCGGGAUGGCCUGGCAGACCGCAUCCUUUGUGUGGUGCCCGGCUUGAAGGCAAUAGACAAUUCGGUGCGAUUGAUCUACUCUGAUGACUUCUUCAGCGACGUGGAGGGUACUGAAGUCAAUCUGAACCCCGGCCGACCCGUAAGCGGCAAGGAGAUCAAGCUCCGUGCUGUGAAGAAAUAUAUUGUCGCCGGUGUCCAGUCCAAGGGGACAACUGAACUUGCUUUGUUUAUCAGCGAUGACUCAAAGGAGUGGCACCGCGCCGAAUUCGGUGGACAUCGAAUCGAGCAAGAUGCGUUUACGCUGCUGGAAAGUACAAAUUACAGCAUUCAAGUCGAUGUACAGACGACAUGGGAUGAUAACCGUGUGGGCGUUCUCUUUUCCUCUAAUUCCAACGGAACCUACUUCUCCCCGAAUGUCGAGCACACCAACCGAGAUGAGAAUGGUCUGGUGGAUUUCGAAAAGAUUGCCAACAUCCAAGGCAUCGUACUUGUCAACACCGUGAAGAAUUGGGAGAAGGUGGGAGAACCGGACAAUGAACCGAAGACUCUUGUCACCAAGAUCAGCUUCGACGAUGGCAGCAGCUUCCAAUCUCUCAAGGUCGGCGAUGAUCAGCUCCAUCUCCAUUCCAUGACAACUUAUGACAAGCUCCAUAAGCUGGCUGGCCUGGGUCGCAUUUUCUCGAGCCCUGCGCCAGGAUUGGUGAUGGGCGUUGGUAACACGGGUGACAGUCUCAAGGAAUAUUCGAAAGGUGACCUGUUCGUCUCCAAUGACGCAGGCCUUACUUGGCGAAAAGCACUAGAAGGCCCACAUCGCUUUGAGUUCGGUGAUCAAGGUGGUAUAAUCGUGGCUGUUAGUGAUGACGAGAAGACUGACAAGGUUAAGUAUUCUAUCGAUCAAGGAAAGACCUGGGAGAAGAUCGAACUGAAGCACAAGGUCAGGCCGGCCUUCUUGACCACGACCCCUGAUUCAACCAGUCUGAAGUUCCUACUCGUGGGAUAUUCAGGUGACAAGGAGGACAGGGACAAAUAUACUGUCUACUCCCUUGACUUCGAGGGCCUGCAUGAGCGUAAGUGCUCCAAGGACGACCUCGAGAUUUGGUCGGCCCGCGUUGAUGAGAAUGGCAAACCGGACUGUCUCAUGGGCCACAAGCAGUCAUUCCAGCGGCGAAAGGCCAAUGCAGACUGCUUCAUCAAGGAGGAGUUCAAACUGGACCCUCCUAUCUUUGAACAGUGCGAUUGUACCGCCGAAGAUUUCGAAUGUGACUACAACUUCAAACGGUCUGAGGACAGAAAAGAGUGUCUUCCUGCCGUGCCAUUGCCUGCUCCUGAGGGCAAAUGCAAAGACCCCAAGGACACUUACAAGGGACCCUCGGGCUGGCGGCUGAUUCCUGGGAACGCGUGUCGCCGGAACAGUGAGACAGACCUUGACAGGGAGAUUGAGCGUUCUUGUGGAAACUCUACAAGUUCACCCGUCACCGACGGUAAGGUCCACGCUGGAGAGCCUCAGUACUUUGCACACGAGCCAUCAAGUGUGUUCUACCUUGAACGUCAGUCGAGCAACUCGGGCGGCGACGAGACCAUUUUCAUGCUGAAUAACCUCAAGCUGUACGUUAGCCAUGACCACGGCAAGAGAUGGGAACAGCCUUCCAGCGUGAAGGAUGUCGAAUUUAUGGCGAUGACACCGCACCCUCAUUUCUCCGACUGUGCGUACUUUUUGACGACUGGAGACUAUAUUUACUCAACCAUCGAUCGUGGAUACGCAUUCCGCAAGUUCAAGAAACCCACCAAGGGCGUCUCCUUGGAACCCGUUUUCCACAAGAAGUAUCAAGAUUGGGUGCUCUGGAUUGGUAGUGAUGAUGAGUGCACCGGGAGCACCUGUCCACUUGAUGCGUACUGGAGCAAGAACCGCGGCAGCGAAUGGCACCUCAUGCUCCAUGGCGUCGGCUCGUGUCGCUUUGGAUGGAACGAGAACCGUAACGUCAGCGAGGAGCUGGUUUUCUGCGAGCAAUACAAGCAGGAGAACACAAAGAAUAACCGAAUGCUGGUGUCCAGUGAUACUCUGGACGAUUGGUCGGGCAAGAAGAUCAUCAACGACAACAUUGCUCAUUUCGUGGAGAUGGGAGAGUAUGUGGUCGUGGCUACGUUCCCCACAGAGAAGCACGAGUUCCUCAAUGUUAGCUCCAGCAUUGAUGGCGAGACCUUCGCCGAGGCUCGAUUCCCCUUCAACAUUGAUGUCAAGCUGUAUACAGUGCUUCUGGGCUCGCCAUAUUCCUUGUUCAUAUACGCCGCGGUCAACGAAGCCCAGGGUCGCGAGUACGGCUCCAUUGUGAAGAGCAACAGUAACGGCACUUAUUUUGUUCAGAGCUUGGAGGGGGUCAACUCUGACGGGGAAUACGUUGAUUUCGAAGAAAUUACCGGCACUGAAGGUGUUGCCAUUGCCAAUGUUGUUGGGAACAAGGACCAGGUCGACAAGAAUGGAGAUGCGAAGAAGCUGCGUUCCGUGAUCACCCAUAACGAUGGUGGCCAGUGGAUGCUCCUGACCCCUCCGGCAAAGGACGUCGACGGCAAGAGCUUCGACUGCGGUGUCACGGAAGGCCAAGGCAACUACCAGUGCGCCCUCCACCUUCACCAAUAUACGGAGCGUGUUGAUCCCGGGAACACCCUCUACUCCGGCUCAGCCAUUGGAAUGCUGAUUGGGAAUGGCAACGUGGGUGAAUACCUAGGCAACGCCAAUGAAGCCGAUACCUUCCUCAGUGAUGACAACGGCAUCACCUGGAAGCAAGUCAAGAAGGGCCGAUACCUGUACGAGUUCGGUGACGCCGGUUCGGUGGUUGUGUUGGUCCGUGAGCAGCAGCCUACCAAGGUCAUCCACUACAGUCUCGAUGAAGGCCGGACAUGGACCGACUUCCAGUUCGCUGAAACUGAAAUGAACAUCUACAAGAUCACCACGCUGCCUUCCGACACCUCCAAGAAUUUCCUUCUGUGGGGAAAAGAGCAGGAUUCCUCCAAAUACAAGCUCGCAACCAUCAACCUUGACUUCAGCGGUAUUUGGGAUCGCGAUUGUACUCUGGAUGAGGACACGGAUGAGAACAAAGACUACUACCUAUGGACUCCCAAGCACCCCGCCCAGCAGGACAAUUGCUUCUUCGGCCAUGUCGAAUCAUACCAUCGCAAGAAGCCCGACGCACAUUGCUGGAUUGGCUGGCGUGAACCUCACGUUCACCAAGUUGGCGGGAACUGUACCUGUACCCGCGCUGACUUUGAAUGUGACUACAAUUACGAAAUUCAAAGCGAUGGCAGCUGCGGCCUGGUGCCGGGUCUUGAAAAGCCCGACCACAGUUUGCAGUGUGCCGAAAAUCCUGAUUUGAUUGAAUACUACGAGCCCACUGGAUAUCGCCGACUCCCCCAGACCACCUGUCAGAGUGGUGAGCAAGACCUCGACCGGAUCGUCUCCCGGCCCUGCCCCAGCAAAGAGAAAGAAUUUGAAAAGAAGCACGGAAUCAGCGGCGUGGGUCUUUUCUUUGCCAUUGUCACCCCUAUCACGGUGGCCACGGCCUUCGGAUACUGGGUCUACAGCCGAUGGGAUGGCAAGUUUGGACAGAUUCGCCUCGGUGAAGGCUCUACGGCGACGGCAAGCUUUCUCUCGAAAGACUCGAUGUUGCUCGCAAUUCCGGUGGCCAUCAUCGCCGGGGUUGUCGCUGUUGCCCAAUCAUUGCCGCUUCUCGGAAACAGCCUGUGGCGCAGUAUCAGCGGAUUGAUGCGCUCUCGCCGGGGCUACCAAAGACCGUACGCGACCCGGGGCUCGUUUGCUGCGCGACGAGGAGACUACACGCAUGUGGUAGAGGACGAGGAUGAAUUACUUGGAGCUGAUGAAUUUGAUGAGGACGAGGAGGCUUAG